UUAAAUUUAUUUCACCCGACGUGGUGUUGACUGAUAGCUGGAACCAACACAAUCAUUUCACUGGCAUGUUAAUGGAAGAAGACAUUUACCAGACCUUGUAAAUUGUCAUUUGGGCCCAAACAGUCGGAUUCCAGUUGAAUGCUUUGGAAUACAGAGCUGAAAUUUAUUGCGUGUCUUGCUUGUGAAGAUUCAAAUCAAGUAUUUAAUGGUGCGAAUGUCGACUAGAUCCACUGCACUUGCGCAUUGCUGGUGGAUAUCUAGUUGAAUUUCUCAGGGAAAUGGCAUUAGACGGUCCGGAGUCGUUCACGUUUCCUGGUCUCUUCAUAUUUACUAAACCUUUCCAGAACCCAAUUUUUAUUAUUUAGGUUCUGGAAAAUGCGUUUCUUUUGCAACUGUUUAUUACGGAACAUGUUCCAUUUAUUCGUGAGUCACGUGAUCGAAACUCGCUGCACUGGAAUCGCUGUCAUUCACGAUGCGCUUCAACAGACUAGUGACAUCGAUUUUUGGUUGACGACCAUCUUCAACAAUGUUAAAAACAUUUCUUGUCCAACGUUAUUCGAUUUCAAGAUGUUUCCAGUGAAGUCUGAAGUGUUUGUUAACGUCAGUUCGUUGCCCAAAGGUGACAGCGAAUUUAAAGGCUUCAUUUUUUUCACGACUCGCUGUCAAAUGAGUGACGAUAUGGAGUUAAACAUAAACCAUGGAGUGCCAUCACUGCGGGUGGACUUUGUACCGUGUCCUCCACCUGCAAUACCUGGACUGAUCGAACGGUUGCCAUUUCAUCAUUUGAAUGAAAACAAUCGAUAUGUGUGCAGCAUUUAUGCAGUCUUCAAAUGGCUGGAACAGCGAAUUUGUUCGCUGUCACUGGACAACGUCACACAAAACUUACUGUCGCACAAUGAAUUGCCUUUUAAUGUGAGCCAAGAUUUUGAAUAUUGCGGAGACAUGAUAAACAUUCGAUUGGAAAAUGAUCCUAGUCAACUCUAUGGCAGAAAAUUGAGAUUGUCAUCACUAGAACGUUUUUGGGGUACACAGCCAUCGCCGUACAUGUCCGUGGAACGAGAUUCGAAUGGGACAAUCACCGGUUACAAAGGAUACCUUUUCGAAAUCAUUCACGCAAUACAGCCACUCUACAACUACACGUACCAAGUUGAUUUUCCUAGCAAGGGUAAGUACGGCAAAGAAUUAGCCAAUGGCAGCUGGGAUGGAAUGAUUGGAAUGAUCCUUGACCAGAGGGCUGAUAUUGGUGUAGGAGCCUUUUCAAUCAUUCACUCCCGAUAUCAAGUGGUUGAUUUUACCGUGGGAUUUUAUCAGGAAUCGUCCAGUAUCCUGAUCCCAUCACCGAUUGAAAACCAUCAGUUAUUAGCAUGUACAAAGCCUUUUCGUUUAGAGGUGUGGCUUAGUUUGAUUUUAUUCGUGAUCAUUCUACCUGGAAUCCUGUGGCGACAUUUUGAAUUCAAUCACCGUUGUGGAGAAAAAUGUCCACAGUUAGCGAAGCAAUAUUUUUUCGUUCUCGGGGUCCUCGUUGGCCAGUCUGGACAAAAAUUGUCUUCGGUGGGAUUCUCUCCUCGUUUCCUCGGAGCUGUUUGGUGUUUGGCCACUGUCGUAUUCGCGAGCGCUUACGUUGGCAUUCUCAUGUCAUUUUUACGAUUUCCUAAGUUAUCGCCAGUUAUCACCAAACUGGAACAACUGCCAGCGUCCCAUCUGAAAUGGGCUGUGUUACGUGGAACAGCUUUGGAUCAUCUAUUUACCGAAGCCACCACUGGAGUUUACAAGACAAUCGGAGAGGAAUUGAUCAAAAAUCAUAGAGGAACUUUAAUUGACGUUCACGACGACUUUAUCAAACGUGUCAUUCACGAAAACUACGUUUACAUUGGGCCAAAGUCGAAUCUCGAGUAUGCCCUACAUGAGGAUUACAUUCAAUCGGGCAUCUGUCGUCUUAGCAUUAUUAAACAAGAUUUCUUUAAAGUUAAUGUGGCAUUCGCUUUACCCAAAGGCAGUCCAUUGAAACCACUACUAGACAAAAAGAUUUUGCAGAUGAUGGAAGCCGGUCUAGGAAUUUACUGGAAGAAAAUGUAUUGGCCUCCAUCGAAAGGCAAGUGUGACACCUUCCGGCCAUUGGAUGUUGGACCUAAAAGUCUUCAACUAAUAGAUUUACAAGGGACAUUUCUUAUUUUAUUUAUUGGAUAUGCGUUGGCUAUCGCCUCCUUUUUAGCCGAGCGAACUUGUUAGUCUAAUUACUACGAUUUUGGCGUGUAGUAGUUAAUUUGGAACACGAGUUAAACCAAUCAGUAAAAGAAAACACUGACAAAUUGGCCUGAUUAAAUCAAAAGAGUACAUCAUCGACCUUGAUCUGAAAUGAUAUUGUGCGUCAUCUUCAUCCGGUUCCAUUUCAGUUGAGAAAUGUCGGAAAGAACAUGUCAAACGUGUCGACCAUCACAGAUAUCAUUUGCGUACAGUGUUUCACACCAGUGAUGGGCCAGUCACUGGAGCCAAUGUUCCAAACAACUAUAUGACGCGAUCUUUUACGAAAUUUGAACUCUUUCUUUAAUUUCUUGAUAAAUUACAAUCAACGCUGGGUCAAACAGAUCAACAACAAGUCGCUGCGCGUGUGAAUGAAAUCAGAGUUUAAUGUUCCCUGGAACUCGGUCUUCAUAGAGCCCCGCCCCCGUCAAACUGCAAGUUUCAAUGACGAUCGGGAUAUGUUACAAAUAAAAAUAGGGUUGACUGAUAA